CCACUGUUAGUUCAAGUUGAGAUGAUCUCAUCUCGGGACUCGGCACAGGUACGGAGAUAAACCCCGGCAUUAGAGCGAUGUCCAUUCGCCGAACGCGGGGCUCUGGGGGUCUUAGGUACGUCGCAAUAUUAUUAAUUCUCCCAAUACACGUUUGUCCUGUCAUAAGAAACUGUGACUAUUGCAUGCGUACUCUUGGCUCUCUCAUCUUCCCCUCACCGAUACUGCGGACAUGAAGUUCUUCAUUCUUUUCAAUUAUUCACGAUGACACCCAUCUCGCGCAUCUUGUCCCGCGCGGUCAACAAACCUUACCGAACGAAAGAUCUAACAGAGCAAAGUCCACCGACUCUCGACGAAGAUGGAUAUGUUGGCUUCGCCCCCGGGGGACAUCGAGAACCCUCGGAAUUGGUCGAUGCGCCGUCGAACUGGUGUGACGAUGGCCGCGGUGCUUUUGGUUGUGAAUGCCACGUUCGCUUCGAGCUCGCCGAGUGGAUGUUUCCCGUCGAUUUCAGAGCAUUUCGGUAUUUCUAGUGAAGUUGCCGGUUUGACGAUAACCCUGUUCUUGCUGGGGUAUUGUGCUGGGCCCCUGAUUUUCGCCCCAUUGAGCGAGUUCUACGGGCGCCGGUAUAUUUUCUAUAUCACCUUUCUGCUAUACCUCGCUUUCACCUUUUUAUGUGCAUUUCCGCCGAAUUUUGGAAGCUUGUUGGUCGGCAGAUUUUUGACGGGGACGUUUGUCUCAGCUCCAUUGAGCAACUGCCCUGGUGUUUUGGCUGAUGUAUGGAGUCCGCUAGAGCGCGCCAACGCUAUGGCUGGUUUCUCAGCGAUGGUCUGGAUCGGGCCAGCGCUAGGGCCUGUGGUCUCAGGCUUCCUUCAGCUCGAAAAAGAUUGGCGAUGGACCUUUUAUGUGCUUCUCUGGCUCGGUGGAGCAUCAGCUGUUAUAAUGUUAACUAUCCCCGAGACUUACGCACCGAUUGUUCUAUACAAAAAGGCCCAGCGAAUUCGCGAUGCAAGCAUACCUGGGUAUGAAAAUGUGAAAGCUCCGGUCGAGGACAGUGACCGGACCCUCGUGGGCAUCUAUAAGGUUGCUCUGACUCGACCAUGGAUCAUUCUGUUUGACCCGAUCUCCCUGCUGUGUGCAAUUUAUUUGGCGUUCGUUUAUACAUUGCUGUACAUGUUGUUCACUAUAUACCCUAUUGUGUUUCAAGAAAAACGGGGCUGGAACUCUGGUGUUGGAGAGCUGCCGUUACUGGGCACUGUUGUAGGUGCUUUGUUUGGCGGUGCUAUCGUUCUGGCAGAUACCCGGAUGCGCCAGAAGAAGAUCGAUAAGGGUAUAACAAAGAUGGAGGAUGCUGAGCCAGAGGAUCGCCUACCGCUGGCAAUUGGUGGAGGCAUCGCCUUCGCCCUAACCAUGUUCUGGUUUGCCUGGUCGGCUGAAUUCAACUCUGUUCACUGGAUCGUACCAACCAUUGCAGGGGUUUUCAUUUCUAGUGCCAUGUUGCUGAUUUUCGUCGGGUUCUUGAACUACCUCGUGGAUGUUUAUCAGAUGUAUGCUGCAUCUGCCAUUGCCGCAAAUACGAUCGCUCGUUCGGCCUGUGGAGCGGCGGCACCACUCUUCACGUCUCAGAUGUUCGCAGCGUUAGGAGUGGGAGGGGGAGGUAGCUUGAUCGCAGGUGUCGCCACUCUACUUGCCGGUAUUCCUUUCCUCUUCUAUAAGUAUGGAAAACAAAUCCGAAUGCGGAGCAAAUUCGCCCCGACCAAGAAGGGGGAACAACCCGUGGAAGAGGAUAAAGAUGAGGAGCGCGGUCUAGGAAACGGGCCUUCUAGCAGUGUCUUAGAGACACAAUAAACAGUGGUGUUCAAGCCACAGGGUAGGAUGUGAAUACUGUGGGAGGCCUGUGGACGGCCCUACCUAUAAAUGGAAUAUAACAGGUAUUCGAGCCAUAAAUAUCAGAAAUGUUUUAGACAUCAGCAAC